UGUUGUGACAUGACAACACCCCUCAUCCACAUUCAUUUCGAUCGACAACACGUCAACACACACACGCACACACGCACGCACGCAUACUUUUCGUGCAUGCAUGCUUCUGGAGUGUCAAACCCUCAGUGCCUCUCCAUGAACACACACACGCUCACUGACACACGCUCACUGACACACACUCACACACAACCCAUCCCAGGCAAAACCAUGGCCACCAGCGCGCUGCUGCGUGGUGGUGGUGGUGGUGCGGUGAAACGGCUGUGGUCACAGCUGGCGCCCCGUGCUUCUUCCACCACCCUCAUGACCAACGCCAUAACAGCAACGACCACUUCCACGGUCUUCCUCGCCGCCACCGCCGUCACCGCCGCCUCCCGUGCUAGCCCGCUCACCGCGCAGAAGCGCGGUCUCAAGAACUUGACCAUCGGCGUGGCCAAGGAGACGGACACCGGCGAGCGCCGUGUUGCCAUCACCCCAUCCAACGUGCCGCAGCUGAGCAAGAAGGGCGCAAACGUGCGCGUGGCCUCCGGGGCAGGUGCCGCUGCGGGCUUUGCGGACGCCGUGUACGAGGAGGCGGGCGCCAGCAUCGUCAGCCCAACGGACGUGUGGAAGAGCGACCUGGUGCUGAAGGUUCGUCCUCCAACCGAUGAGCAGGUUGGCUUGCUCGAGGACCGUGCCCUCGUCUCCCUCCUCUUCCCCAUGGUCAACAAGGACAAGAUCCAGCAGCUCUCCAAGCAAGGCAGCACCGCCUUCGCCCUCGACAUGCUGCUUCGCACGUUGAGCCGUGGCCAAGCCUUUGACGUUCUCUCCUCCCAGGCCAACAUUGCCGGCUAUCGCGCUGUGAUUGAGGCCGCACACCACCUUGAGCAGCCGUUUGCGGGCGGCAUGACCGCUGCAGGCAAGAUCCCGCCUGCGCGUGUACUGGUGGUGGGUGCGGGCGUGGCUGGCCUUGCUGCCAUUCAGCAGGCCAAGAGCAUGAAUGCCAUUGUGAACGCGUUUGAUGUGCGCGAGGCGGCUGCCGAGCAGGUUGCAUCCAUGGGCGCCAAGUUCCUCAAGGUCCCCUUUGAAGAGAAGGGCGAUGCCGCUGGUGGCUAUGCCAAAGAGAUGUCGGCGGAGUGGUUUGAGGCCGCGCGAGCCAUGCUGCUGAGGGAGAUGCCCAGCCUCGACGUCAUCAUCACCACCGCCCUCAUUCCAGGCAAGAAGGCGCCUGUGCUCAUCACCAAGCAGAUGGUGGAUGCCAUGCACACCGGGUCUGUCACCGUCGACCUUGCUUCCGAGGCGGGCGGAAACGUGGAGACGACGCGACCAGGCGAGGUGUACACCACGGACAAUGGCGUCACCUGCCUUGGGUACACCAACUGGCCCAGUCAGAUGGCCCGCACAGCAUCCACCCUAUUUGGCAACAACGUCACCAAGUUUGUGCUCUCCAUGGACAAGGACGAGCAGUGGACGGUCGACAUCGACAACGACGAGGCAGUCAGGUCCAUGUGUGUCGUGCACAAGGGCCAACCGCUCGACCCUUACGUCCCACCGCCACCAGCGUCCAAGGCUGAGGGUGGGGCUGACGCUGCCGCUGCCGCGAAGAAGGAGGAAGCCAAGGAAGUGGACCCAAAGUCCGCGGCCAUGAAGCAGGCGUUUGGCGCUACCGUGGGGACAGGUGCUGCCAUUGGGUUUGGCUCGCUCAUCCCAGAUGCUGGCCUCCUCUCCACCUUUGCACUGUCCGUGUGGGUUGGCUCCAACGCUGUGCGCGGCGUCACCCAUGCUCUCCACAGCCCACUCAUGGCCACCACCAACGCCAUCUCAGGCAUGACAAUCGUUGGUGGCUUGCUUCAGUUGGGCACGCCUGCGCCCCUGUCCCUGGCCACAACCGCCAUCGCAUUGAGCUCUGUCAACAUUGUUGGUGGCUUUGUGGUCACGAAGAAGAUGCUGGACAUGUUCCGUCGCCCCAACGACCCGCCCGAGUACUGGCACUACUUCCUGGCACCGGCUGGCGCUGCCAUGGCCGGAUAUGGCACGCUCGCAUACCAGGGCAUGGUGACGCCCACCGUGACAUCGACGCUUGCGCUGGCCUCGGGCCUGGCGUGCAUUGGCGGCAUUGCUGCCAUGUCCAAGCAGGAAACCUCCCGCCUGUCCGUCAUGCUUGCCCUCGGUGGCGUGGGCAUGGGGCUCACGGCCGCUGUUGGCGGCAUGCACGAGCUUGAUCAGCACAACGUGGCCGCGCUUGCUGCCUCCUCCGUGAUUGGUGGCGGUGUUGGGUACGGCAUUGCCCGUCGCAUCCAGGUCACGUCGCUUCCACAGGCCGUUGCAGGCUUCCACUCGCUUGUUGGUCUGGCCGCCUUGGCCACCGCGUACGGCGACUUUGUCCACCACUGGGACACGUUUGCGGACUUGGACAACUUCCACAGCACGUCCUUGUUCCUCGGCGCAUGGAUGGGCAGCAUCACCUUCACGGGCUCCAUCAUUGCGUGCGGCAAGCUUGCCGAGCUCAAGAACCUGUCAUCCCUCUUCGACUCCAAGCCCCUGAGCCUGCCUGGGCGCGAUCUUCUCAACGCAGGCAUGCUUGCAGGCACGGUUGGCUGCCUGGGCACCUUCUGCGUGACCAAAGACCCCACCGUCGCCAACACGGCGUUGCUUGCUGGCUCUGGCCUGAGCGGGCUGCUUGGCCUGCACAUGACCGCGUCCAUCGGCGGCGCCGACAUGCCUGUGGUCAUCACCCUGCUCAACUCCUACUCCGGCUGGGCGCUGUGUGCGGAGGGCUUCAUUCUCGACCAGCCCAUGCUGGCCAUCAUUGGUGCGCUUAUUGGCUCAUCUGGUGCGUUCCUCACCAAGAUCAUGUGCGAUGGCAUGAACCGCUCGCUGGUCAACGUCAUCCUUGGUGGCUUUGGCUCCGAGGCCGGCGCUGUUAAGGAAGAAGCCGACCAGACGCACACGCAGAUUGACGCGGAGAGCACGGUCAAGGACUUGCUGGAUGCCCAGAAGGUGGCUAUCAUCCCCGGGUACGGGCUUGCAGUUGCCCAGGCACAGAACCUCGUGGCAGAGAUCAGCAAGCUGCUCACCGACCAGGGCAAGGAGGUCCUGUUUGGUGUGCACCCAGUCGCUGGACGCAUGCCAGGUCAACUGGAUGUGAUUCUUGCUGAGGCCGGUGUGCCGUACGACCAGGUGCUUGAGAUGGACGGCAUCAAUGAGGAGAUGGACGACGUUGAUGUUGCGCUCGUCAUUGGCGCCAACGACACCGUCAACUCUGCAGCCGAGACCGAUCCAAACAGCGCCAUCGCCGGCAUGCCCGUGAUCCAGGUGUGGAAUGCCAAGCACGUUGUGUUCAUGAAGCGGUCGAUGGCCUCUGGCUACGCCGGCGUGAACAAUCCGGUGUUCUACAAGGACAACACCGACAUGCUCCUGGGUGACGCCAAGGCCACCUGUGAACAGCUCCUCAAUGGCUUGAAGGCCAAGCUCUGAGAGCCGCCCGUAGGUGUUCGCUUGUCCUGCGCCACUCAAUGAUUGAUAGCGCACGAGCGCGUGGGGUUCUAUCCCAACCCUUUCCGCGCCAAUUGCGACCUCUCGUGACCCCUUCCCCGUGCACGAUGCUCUGUUACUGCUGCAACAACGCGCAAGCGAGCCCCAUCACUGCCCUACACCGCGACCCCUCUUUCUUCCCCGUCCCUCGUCCAUCCAUGUUGUGUGUUUGUGUGAGUCCGUGCCUCGAACACAAGCCAGACGCCUAGACGCGUUAUCUUCCACCAACACGCACGUGUUUGUGUUGUGUGUUGUGUGCUGUCUGUGUGUUUGUGUUGAGUGGUUGUGCUUCAUGCUUCAUGCAGUCAUGCAUUCUUUUCCCUCGUUCUUUCGUGCUUUCGUUCACUGCCAUGUCAUUAGCAUUCCCCACAACCGUUACACGCUGUUGACUUGCCUGUUGUUUUGAUGUGAUGUGAUGUGAUGUGACAUGACACAACAACAACACAUUUCCAAUACAACGACAACCCCCAAUAAACGCUACAACGAUUCACCAACUCCUGGUGUUAUACAACAUGACAUGUCAUGUCAUUUCACGUCACUGUCAUGUC